AUGGCUGUGUAUGAUGAAGAUCUCUUGAGGAACCCCUUCUAUUUAACCAUGCAGAAACGACGGCCUGAUCUCUGUAGGAAAGUUGCCGAAUUCCAUGGAACGCACGUGGCUUCGGGCAACCAAGAAGAAGUAGAACGCUUGUUGAGCCAAGGAGACAGCGACAAGGAUGCUUUGAAAAACAUGUGCCAUCCGCUCUGCUUCUGUGACAAAUGUGAGAAGCUAAUUGUAUCCUUAAUGGAACUGAACUACCUCACUUUUGAAAAAGGACAACAUGCUUCUCAGUCACCAGUCCGAUCUUCGUGUUGUGAAGACACCAUCAGCCAAGUAUCAUCCACCUCCAGUUUUUCUUCCAUAAUACUAGUGACAACAGUGACACCAGAAGAAGCCAAAUCUAAUUAUAAAGAGGUGGACAAGCUUCUAAGAGCAGUUGCUGAUGGAGACUUGGAGAUGGUGCGCUAUCUCUUGGAAUGGGGAGAGGAUGAUCUGGAAGACCCCAAGGAAAUCAGCAAUAUGAGGACCCCAGAAUUAUGUCAUCCUUUGUGUCAGUGUUCGAGAUGUAGCCCUCUGCAAAAGAAGUUCUUCAGGCUGCCUUCAAACGGCCUUGGAGUGAACGUUACCAAUCAAACUGGUCUGUCGUCACUGCAUGUUGCUGCUCUACAUGGGCAUGUGGACUUGGUGGCCCUCUUACUAAAACAUGGAGCAAACAUGGAAGCCAAAGAUGUGAACCAAGCAGGACCUCUCCACUUCGCCUGCCAGAAUGGCCAUUUUCAGGUAGUGGAAUUUCUGAUAGAGUGCACUGCUAAGCAAAACAAAAAGGACAUUUAUGGAAAUACCCCCUUAAUGUAUGCUUGCUUGAAAGGCUAUCAGGAGAUAGCAGCCAUUUUAUUACAGCAUGGAGCCUCCGUUAACCUUCCCAAUAACCAAGGCAACACACCUCUUCACAAAGCGGUGAUAGGAAAUUACGAAGCAGUGGUUCAGUUGCUGCUGCAGCAUGGCGCAUUGGUGUACCUUAGGAACAACAGGCAAUGCACCCCUCUUGACUACGCUGAACCUAAUUCAGACCUCCUCAAGCUUCUUCAGGCUGCAGCAUCCUCCGAGGAGGACGGACAGACGCUCUGCAAAGCUCGCAUAACGCGGAAGAUCAGGAAAAAAAUCAGUUUUAAGACUCCUGAGACAACGGACGAUCUCAUCGCCCGGCGCCUUCAACUACUUGAGUCAAUCCAUCGAUUUAACAAAUCAAGAGACCUGCGCAAAGCCAUAACAAAAGAUAAAAGUAUGCCUAACUUU